UAUUUAGUUGAUAUCUGUAUCUUGACGAGAGUUUACGAAAAGUUUUUUAAUAACUUUAUUCGUAAAAUAUUAUUUUAUUUAUAAUAUAUUAUUUAUAAUAUAUUAUUAUUCAACAAAAAUAUUUUUUAUCAAAAGAUUAAACAAAAAUUAUAACAUAAAAUAUUAAAUAUGUCGAUGGAAACAGUUCCGAAAGAAUUACGUGGCUUAAGAGCUUGUUUAGUUUGUUCUUUAGUCAAGACAUUUGAUCAAUUUGAAUUUGAUGGUUGCGAUAAUUGUGAUGAAUUUUUACGUAUGAAAAAUAAUAAAGAUAAUGUUUUUGAUUGUACCAGUUCUAAUUUUGAUGGAAUGAUUGCAGCAAUGAGUCCUGAGGAUAGUUGGGUAUGCAAAUGGCAAAGAAUAAAUCGAUUUUGUAAAGGUGUGUAUGCAAUAUCUGUAUCGGGUCGAUUGCCAGCAGGUGUUAUAAGAGAGAUGAAAAGCAGAGGAAUAGUGUAUAGACCGCGCGAUACAAGUCAACGAUAAUUUCAAAAAUUAUCAAUAUCAAAUAUGAUUGUUACCUGGACAUGUGUUCGAAUGAGAAUAAACGGGAUGCCGCAUCACGGGCAAAUUACUAUUUACACAAUUAAGCCAUAGAUUUGCACAAGUAACGUGAUAAUUAUUCUCGUUAUAUACUACUCUGCCGCUGGUAAUAACUGUUAAACAAAGUGAGCAACAAAUGGCUUCUCCUUGAUGUAAAGGCCAAGCUGGUAAUUCCGUAACGAUCUGAAAUUUAUUAUAAAAAUGUAAUGUAAAUAAAUGUAAUGUAAACAAAUGUAAUGUAAACAAAUUUAAAACUCUGAAUUAAUAAAAAUUAAUAUAUAUAAGAAUA